CUCCCUCCAUGCAUUCAGCAAACAAGUGUCGGCGGCAACGCUGCCGACGGUGGUGUCUUGAGGUGCACUCGACAGACAGCCUGGAAGACACACACACAUCACCCAAGGACGAUGGAUGCAUUCACCCGUCCAGCCCCCAUGCAUGCUUCAUAUCAGGUCGUGAUAUCGUACUGUGUACAGUGUCUUCACCGGUGCUCGCGAUAUCAUUCGUCUGAAUCCUCGUUGUCUGCCUGCUCUCUGACAGCACCGUCUGAACGAGCAAACGCAGACACCACUGAAGCUGCCAUCCACCAGUGGAAGCCCUGUCAAGCUUACGCUCAUUUCCAGUGGAUCGUGUUGGAUUCUGCACUGAUCUGAGGGGAUCAGCGUCCGGCCAGUACUUGAACUGGAAGGUCGUCGUGACGGGCAGCGUGUUGGCGUCCUUCGGGAAGAAAGGCCUGCACGUCACCCGAAUACGCUGGAGCCCCUCCAGUGGAGGGGUCAUGGCGUGAAUGGUCGACGCCCCACUGUGCAGGUAGAUGGCCGACCGAUUCACGUCGGUGCGGCCGAUGAGUAAGAGGUCGGUGCCUUCUUGAUCGGCGAGGGAGACCUUUGACUACUGUAGUGGCCCAGCAU